AUGCUUCUCGAAGAUCUUUUGCCGAGAGUCACGUGCGCUGCCAAGAGUCAUGUGACCUCAGCUAUGCCCUCAACCUCUGAUAUUCUAAUCAUAAUGUGUGUUCCAUGCCAAGUCCGCCGGGUCAUCAAACUCGCCAUGACCCGCUGGACCAGACCUCACUUUGCAUUUGCUGAGCUGUUCUUGCUCUCUUGCCUUGCACUCCUCGGCCCUCACGUCUACGCCACGGAAGAAGAUCGGUCGGCCUGCCUUCUGGGAGCGAGCCUUUCCCGCAUUGUCUCCUGUCCUUUCAUCCUCCGUGCCAGCGCCAGUCUUGCACCGAGCCUCGUCAGCGCGCGGCGCCGCGAGACGUGCGCCAGUCUGGCCAGCCCAUCCGUGUCAGUGGUGCCCUCUGCGUGGCGCGCCUGUACCACUCGCUCCACUCCUCGCACGCCCGCAUCCUGGAACAUGACACUAGCGCCCAUACAAAAUCACCUGCACUCCCCACCCCUCUGCUCCAACUUCUUUCCAUCCCACCACCAUGGCCCUACCACGACUGCUGCCCGCUCUGGCCCCAGCUCCGCCAAAGCCCCCGCCAUUCCACACCCCAAGAUCUACAAAUUGGCUCUGGACGGAGUCGUCAUCCACAUUUUGCCCCCGAAUACCGUCGAGGAGCGGAAAAUACCACAUGCCCUCACUCGCACCUCGCGCCAGGUCCGCAACGAGGUGCUACCCUUAAUCCACUCGCUAUGUCCCAUCAGGUGCGCAGUCACGGACUUCAAUUUUGACGGCCUAUUACUGUGGAUGUCUCGUGUCCCGCCACACGAAGAGCGCAAUCUGAAGAAGAAUCAUCAUCUGGUCAUCCGAUUUAACACGUCGAAUCAGCCGCAGCGGAGUAUGGAAAGCUUGCGGAAAUGGUUGCAUAUGCGCGCCGACGUGCAUCGCCCUCAGCCCAAAUGGCACUACACCGGAGCAAUCCCCAGUAAUAAAGUGUGCGCCGACUUGAGAAGGCGCUGCAAGCGAAUGAAGGAAUAUGGAAAGCAGUGGGAAAUGCUGCAAAUCCUGAAAGCCUUGCAAAUUACCCCCCUUCCCACGCCACUCCCUGGACCGGGCACCCCUCCCCCGGAAGAGAACCCCGACCACCCAAACCAUCAGCAAUGGUUGCAACAACAGGAACGUGAGCAAGGCAGCACACAUGCUCUUUUUUGGCAAGCGGUUCCAACUUACGACCACUCCUUCCCUCGGUCAUGCCGGAGCAGAGUCCGAACGCGGGUCAAGUCCGCUUCUGGUCUGGGAGAGGGAUCAUAUUUGCCCAGCAGCUUGGACUAUCCUUCCUGCACCAGUUUUAGGUCGCCGAUCAGGACUUUUGCUCCGCCUUCAUCCGCCUCCAGUGAUGACUACAAUCUUAUGCUUGACUGGAAAGGUCUGGACUGGGCCAUAUUUCUGCAUUGCGGACGGAGUUGGAGGUGGGAGGCAGAAUUUGGAAAUCAACGGUUCACUAAUGUAAUGAUCUUUCCGUCUUCUCUAGAGACUUGA